GUUGCCUCGCUCCCGGAAGUGGAGGAUCUAGAGAGAGCGCUGCUGGGUCUGGGUGCCCGGAGGCAGCAGCGCUCGCGGAGCUUGCCCGCUGGCCCUCGACCGCCAUGUCGGCCUUCGACACCAACCCAUUUGCGGACCCAGUGGACGUAAACCCCUUCCAGGAUCCCUCUGUGACACAGCUGACCAGUGCCCCACAGAGUGGCCUCGCUGAGUUCAACCCCUUCUCAGAGACAAAUGCGGCCACAACGGUUCCUGUCACACAACUCCCUGGGCCCUCACAGCCAGCAGUUCUCCAGCCCUCAGUGGAACCAACACAGCCAAGCCCCCAGGCUGUGGCAGCUGCAGCCCAGGCAGGCCUGCUCCGGCAGCAGGAGGAACUAGACAGGAAAGCUGCUGAGCUGGAACGCAAGGAGCGGGAGCUACAGAACACUGUGGCCAGCUUGCAUGUGAGAGAGAACAACUGGCCAGCCCUGCCCUCAUGGUGCCCUGUCAAGCCCUGCUUCUAUCAGGAUUUCUCCGCUGAGAUCCCUGCUGACUACCAGCGGAUAUGCAAGAUGCUGUACUAUCUCUGGAUGUUGCAUUCAGUGACCCUGUUUCUGAACCUGCUUGCCUGUCUAGCCUGGUUCACAGGCAACAGCGCCAAGGGAGUGGACUUCGGCCUCUCGAUCCUGUGGUUUGUGAUCUUCACCCCCUGUGCCUUCCUUUGUUGGUACCGACCCAUCUAUAAGGCCUUUAGGUCCGACAACUCUUUCAGCUUCUUCGUGUUCUUCUUUGUAUUUUUUUGUCAAAUAGGGAUCUACUUUAUCCAGUUGAUUGGCAUGCCUAACCUGGGGACCAGUGGUUGGAUUGCAGCCCUGUCUACACUGCAGCAAGAGUCCUUGGCCGUGUCAAUCAUCAUGAUGGUGGUGGCUGGCUUCUUUACACUAUGUGCUGGGCUCUCGCUCUUCCUCCUACAGCGGGUGCACUCCUUCUAUCGCCGGACAGGAGCUAGCUUCCAGCAGGCCCAGGAGGAGUUUUCCCAGGGCAUCUUCAGCAACAGAACCUUCCGCAAUGCGGCCUCAUCUGCUGCCCGAGGAACCUUCCAGGGGAAUUAGUGCUCCUGAUUCUCCUCCCUCUGCCUCAGCCUCUUCUCUCUCCUGCCUUCUAAGCUGCACUUUCCAUGGGUGCCUUAUGCAGUGGUUGUGCCCAGCACUGACCCGGCGGGGGCCUCUCUUCCUCCUUCCUCAGCAACUAGCUCUCCCUUCCCCUGAGGGAUGGGGAGGGAGGGACAGGGACUUUUUUUUACACAAGAGAAAAAAAAUAACAAAGAUGCCUUUCCUUCUCUGGUGGUGGUUUGGUAGGAUUCUUUUGUCUCACUGGAAGCAGUGGGACUGAAGCUGUCUUCCUCCUGUAUGCGCGCGCGCACACACACACACACACACACACACACAGGAUCAUUAGCUGGCCUGGACCUACCCUAGCUGGAAUUUUCUGUUGGCAUCCUGGAACUCAUGUCCUGGGACCACAGUCCUUCCCCAGAAGGCCUGGCCCAAAUUGGGCUCUACAUAGCAAGCAUGGGACCCCCACGGUCCUGCCCUGCCUGACCUGGUUGGGAUAAACCUCCCAAGGGUUCCACUUUAGGUGAGCUGCAGUCUAGGUAUAUGGACAGGUCUGUUCCCCAGAUCACUCUGGCAUGGUCUCUGGGUUUCCAGAGUCUCUGGCUGGUUGCCCCAGGCUCUUCCCUGCCUCAUGUUAUUCACAAAUAUAUUCAUAACCUUCCUGGUGUGUGUAGCACCUUGUCCCCUCUGGCUCUGAGUCCUUUUCAGACUAUGAAUGUGCAAUGGAGUUGGCUGGGAUUGAGAUAAGGAGGGAUAGGACAUUGGUCCCAAGUUGUCCCACCCAGCCUUUGGCAUCUGCUAGGAGAGUGGGUCUUGAAUGUUCUGGUGGUUUGUAUGGCCCUGUUUGUUCUGUUCUCUCCUAAAGGACAGGUAUUCUUUGCCUUAGCCUUAAUCCUGUCCCCACCAAUAGCCAUUUCCAUCUUGUGAAACUCUUGAGGGAGGGGGGAAUAGUUCUAGAACUGGGUCCUUCAGGCAGGACAGAUGAGCCAUUUUUCUGAGGGUUCCAAACUAAUCCUUCAGGGUUCCUUCCACACCCAGAGUAGAAUCUAGGUCAUCUUCCAUCACUCGGGAUUCUUAGGAGAUGUGUUACUGUGAUGCAUCUCUGGGAGUUCACUGCCUGCACCUUGUCCUGCAGAGGUUGCAGGAUCUGGUGUGUGGGCUGUGGGAACUUAGCAAGCUGGCCAGUCUGCAGACUCUGGGUCCUGGAGCCCGCCUGAGGCAGCCCCCCAGACUGUCGGCCCACUUAGGCCUAGAGCUACUCAGUGAUAAUGACAGCGACCAGGGUUUUGUAAACUCCUUUCUGGUUUUUCUCCUCCGUGUACAAAUGUAUAUGUUUUGUCUAAAUUUUUGUGCUUAAAUAAAAAUAAGACAUUUUCAGACA